GGAUCGGGCAAGAAGAGCAGCGAAAGAAAGUCGGCCGAGUCGUAACGCGGGCGGAAGGAAGGAAGCGGAGGAUGCGCCACUGCAGCUGUGUGGUUGCGAGUGAGUCACUGCAAAGCAGGUCAGACUCGCUGACACGCACGGACGGCUUCCUGUCUCGGGCGGGGGCCUUCAUCUCCCUGUGCAACCAUCAAAGGCCAGAUGAGGGCCUACUUCGCAGCGGAAGGAGAGAGGUUCCCAUGUCCUGGCUCUGCCCCUUCACUUUGCCUUUGCCCUGGCUCUUUGUGGCGAAUGUCGGGCAGGAGCCUGGCCGGGGGGUGGGGGGGUGACUGGCUAACUAGCGCGUGUCUGCGGGGAAGUCACCAUCCUUUCAUCCCAAAACGGAACCUGACCAGAUCAAAGAAUCGAAAGUGGGUCGGGCGUCACGCUUUGACGCGCCCCGUCACACUUUGACACGCCGGCCGGUGCGGUUUUAGCGAGGAAGAUCAAAGAUGACACGGGCGCUGGCAGAUGAGGAUAAAGGCCCCCGAGGAAUGGCGCAGACUUGUCAUUGGUGCACCUCCGGCGGCCGUCGUGUGACAAGGGAGCGUUCCGCUGAGUGACGACAAUGUUUCCCACGCUAAACGGUGCCCUCCUGACGGUGGCGAUGGCAAUGUCGACGGCGUUGAUGUGGGAGGGCACGGCGGUGGCCGCGGUGGGAGCAGACCGCCGGUCCGAAGACAGGAGCCACGAGGCGCCGACCGAAACGGUGACCCUCGAGUUCAACCCAGACGUCUUGCUCUCUGCCAAAACGUUGCGAGCGCUGCACAACCGCUCCAUCUCACCCUGGACGUAUAACGUGUCGCAGGACGCGGCGCUCUUCCCUCCCGUGUCUGAGGCCCGCUGCGUGUUGCGCGGCUGCCUGGACUCGAGCGGCGUGGAGGACCUGAGGCUGGAGUCGCGGCCCAUCCUGCAUCAGGUUCUGCUGCUGCGCCGCGUCAAGUCGUCGGGCGCCCCCCCGCAUCAGAUGCGCCGCUACCGCUUGGAACGUCGCCUCGUCGCCGUCGGCUGCACGUGUGUCAGAGAUCAGCAGCGGCCACGCCUCUGACGUCGCCUUGAUUGGGAACAAAUCUCACCAAUAAAUGUGACAAACUCAC